AUGGGCACGGAAGACGACGCGCGUCAUGAUGAAGUGCGGUCUCCUUCAUGGAGCGCCGAGCUUACCCGACACGAACACGGCCUCCCCGUGCCCCGCUCGCUGUCAAAUACGACGACCCGGUGCCCCAUGACGUCGCCGCCCGACACGAAGACCACCCGGGCACUUUGCUCGCGGCAUCUGGUGCUUCUCAAGCUUCAAUCACCACUCCGUACCUGGUCAGUUCACUUCCACGGGCACAACCACAGCUCCGUCGAUGUCUUCAUCAACUCCUCCUUGUCCAUGCCGGACACGAUCUCGACGCUUGCUGCGGCGACUCCUUGCCCCAUGACAUCGCCCCGCGACGAGAUUCAUUAA